AUGCCCAACAGCCAACCUGCUCUCGUCAGACUCUUCCGCGACCCGCAGACGGACAGAGAGUUAGCAUUGGAGACAUGGCGGAAGUCGAAAGCAGCGGCGCAUAUAUCAAACUCGACAUGCCCGAGUCCGGCGGACACCUCCACGCUUAGUUGCGACGACUGGGAUGAGCCUGAUCAAGGCGAGGAUGUCCCCAUGCAGAGUGAUCCUCCUGCGACUGUCCCUGUGACUGCCGAACUACCACAACCUCCGUCCAUGCUCCAGAGUCCAUUAACGCUACUUGGCCUACCUCUGCCUCAUGGUACAGCCGGCCUGGUCGACGCUUACUUUACGCACACACAUUCCUGGCUCCCCAUGGUCGAGCGUCACGAGCUGCUUCGUACCAUGUACACAUAUCCAGGAAACAGCGCAUCUCCCAGCUCAUCACACCUUCUUCUCUGGUCUGUGGUUGCAUAUACCGCUGUUGUUAGUGGCCUCGACGACAGCUCUAUUCCGAGCUCAAUCGAGAUCCUUCACGCGCUCCAUAAACAAAUCCUGGUAGAAACGGACACUCUAUCCUUGCGGCACGUGCAAGCAUUUGCCAUCCUUGUACUUCUGGAGCUCACCAAAGGCAACCUCCACUCGGCCUGGACUCUGUGUGGACAGACCGUACGGCUGUUAGCCUUGGUAGAACCUGCCGAUCAAGCCCGAUACAAGAAUACGUUUCAUGCCUGUGCCUUUUUGGAUGCUGUCAUCUCUGCCUCGAUAAAUCGAACCCCUAGUAUGUCCCUGGAAGAGCAGACCAGCAUUGGACCUGUAGACGAAGAUGGCAUGGAGGAGUGGGACAGCUGGCCCGGACGUGCGCAGGAUACUCAAUCCCAGCAGAGGACAGCAGGCAAUGGUCCAUUACGAUCGCUGAGCGCCUUCAACCAGCUCCGGCAGCUUGCGCGGAUUCUGACCGGGGUACUUUACUGCCCUUCUGAUAGCGAUAGCGUCACGAGGGACAGUGUUCUCUCUGAGAUCCGCGAAUUGCGAACAACUAUUGAAAAUCUGCACCCGUACCACCGUGUGCACUCCGCCCCGUCCAUCUUGACACUGUACAUGGCAUGUGAAUUUACGCUCCUAUCUGUACUGCGCCGAUUCAAUGUCACGGACUCGCGCACCACUGAGCUACUGCUCGCCUCCUCCCAACGUCUGCUGGAUCUCCUUCAUGAUUCUGCGGAGAUGUCAGGGAACAUCAGAUCAUCACCUCUUCCUGGUGUGUUUGCUCUCCAAUGCCAACGCUGUCUCGAGAGACUGAUACCUGGCGCUCAGAGUUCUGAGACAAUCGCCUUGAAGAGCCGUCUCAUCCAGUAUCAACAACAGCUCAGUAGGCCGAGCAUCACAGCUGCCGAAGUUGACGCGAUGAACCGGAUGCUAGCCAUCCCGCACGCUGGCGACGAGAACAGGAUAACAGCCGACCAUUCAUCAUCAUCAACUAAACCCACCCCGCUCAAUAACACCUCGCAGCCGGGUAUAGCAGGGCUUGGGCGUGGCCCAUACGCCACUCCGCUUUCCACCGCACCCGACAUCUUAGCCUUGCCUCUAUCCAAAUCUCCUCUCCUCGCGGGAGACGACGGAUUCGACGACUUGUUCGAAGAGCUCGUCACGUCAAUUCCUAAUACCCGGCUUGAACCCGCUUUCGCCCAUAAUCUCGGGUUUUAUGGGGGCGACUUGGACACAGACUUUUUAUCCCAGUUGCAGCAGCCGUCGGGAGGUUGA